CACCACUCCAGUUUGCGUCUGGCCGCCGGGACCGCUCUAGUGCCCCGUCCUCUGUCUGUGUUCACUGUUGUUUGGAGUUGUUUUGAAACUUACCGAGCUCGUGCACCUGAUGUGUUGUCUCGUAGGAGAAUUUAGAAAAGCGGUAGUGAUUGUUAGGCAGCAUUGGGAUAAGCAUAACAGUGGCGUUGUGUGGCAGUAAGCGCUCUGUACACAGGUGCACCCGAAGCCCAAGUGAGUUUGUGGAAUCGUGAAGGAGUGCAGCCGUGGUCCAGAUUGUUUAAAUGUUAGAUAUUAAAGUGAAAUUAUCAUCUCGUACCAGAACGAGAUACCAGUUGAUAUGUUUAAAUAAGAUCUGAGUUGUUUAACGGAGGUAAACCAAACCCUCACCAGUUAGUGACCUUUACCGAGCACAACACCUGUGUUGAGCGUCUCUCACCUGUGCACUUCAUCACAUGACUUUAUCACGAAGACCUUCAGUGACUGAUGAAAAUUGAUUCAGGACGUCUGAUGGACGAUGAAAUUAGAAUUACAACGAGUUUUAUGUCAUUAAUUCACAUGCAGAACAGCGGCUCUCGAGUGACGGUACAAACUAAUGCCCCGCCAUAGAGAAUUUAAUUACAUGUGUACCUGCACACUUUGCCCUUUCUUGUGGUCACGACCAAAUGGAAAUUAACCGUGUUCUCUCUCAUAACAGUGUCAAACGUUUCGGCAAGUCACGACCUGAAAUUUAGCGGAGCAGCAACAACCUGUGUGUAGCCCAGGUGCGAGGUCUCAUUACCACCAAAUUACCCAGAGCUAAUUUGGAAAUGACACAAGGCUCGGUGGACCUCACCUGUAUAAUCACAGGGGUUAGGUAAUUUUCGCAUUUAAUCCCCUGUUAUUAUCUUUCACAGUUGUCAUUGAAAGUUAGUUGACAUCUAUUAAUUUAAUAGUUUUUUAUCUAUUCUGGAAGACUUAAAGUACCCAGUUGUUGAGAUACAAAACUGCAGGGUCUACAACAGCGACCAGACCUGCCUGCCUGCCUGUGGGUGGUACGGACACUGAUCCUGUUCAGUUUCAAGUUACCUCAUUGGAUAUUAAUUGAUGUCUUCAUGAAGCCUCAAGAUCACUUACCUAGGGAGAGUAAACUGUCUCGUCUUGACCAGUCUGAAGAACUCUGAAUAAAAUCGACAGCUGAAUCUCUUUAUUUGACUUUUGUGUCAUCUUACAGUGUCGGGAAACGAUCGUAGCUGGCAAGUUCAGGUGUCAUGAAGUCUUUAUAACCAAGUCUUGAGUUCUCGACUUAAUAACGACAAUAACAUAUAUUCCUGGAUUUACUGAAGCCCAAAAUUCUGGCUCAUGAAAAAGUUGCAGAGUAUUUGAAUUACUCUUCAAAGUACUCAACACAACGUUCUGACUCAUGGUAGUACUAGCAAUAGACAGACUGGCUCAUGAUAGUACUACUAAUAGACACACUGGGUAAAAAAGAAGACCCAUUCCGUGGUACUGGUUCCUAAGUGUCAGACUGCUACAAACAAACACCCAUAACUAUAGCUGCAAGGAAGAACUCAGCAACAAGUGAUUGGCUCCUUCAGGAAAACAAAACAGUGACCACAACUGUUAAUGAGGUAUAGACUAAACAGUUUUCAUAAGAGCUACUAACAUCUGGCUAUGCUUAGUAAAGGAUUAGAACACCGAUUAUAUGUCAAACAAUCAUUCUGAUGUAUAAUUAUUCUGCUAAAUGACACUUAGAUGUUUAAAAUUUAGGAGGACUAACUGACUGGUACUUGGAUACACAAAUACCAUAUAACUGGUUUUUAAACUAGCAAUACCAACGAAUUGUUACCUGGACACGCAAACACCCGCAACAGAUACUCGCUGACCGAUUACUCGAACACGACAGUACCAUUCCCGGAACCCAACUACCAAACAGACUGGUUACUGGACGAGCUGGUUUUGGGCCUGACUGGAAUGGGAGGUUCUUCAGGAAUGUUAAAAGACCUCCUGCUGCAAGUAGAUGGGAACCUGUAGACACUGGAUGAAUGAAGUUGGAUGUCUGUGUUGCUGCUGUUUUCUCUUUAAAAGUGAAGGUUGUGGAGCGUGUGAUGGUGUGGGCAGCGGGCGUCCCCCGUAAGAGGCGGGCGGGGUCACAGCUCCCCUGCGGCUGCUCCCCGCCUCUGGUGGCCGCCACACCCCCUGCCAAGUGAUGUACCGCUGGCCGGAGGGGCUCUACCAGAGCGCCCUCGGCGGCGACGGGCCCUCACACUCCUCCCCCACACGCCAUCCAUCACACGACGACCAUGGGCCUAUACCAGGUGGCGUGGGCAUGGCCGCCGCAGCGUUCACCAGCCAGCCCACACCGCCCGAUCCUGACCGCGAGAACACUGACGACUCGGGCAUGGGCGCCGACCUGGAGGGGGACGACCGGGGGGGCGGGCUCAAACUGGCCAGCGACGACGACGAUGACGAAGAGGAGGAGGAGGAGGAAGAGGAGCCCAAGACUCGAAGGACCAGCAACGCAGGCAAUGAGAGGCAAAGGCGGCCUUCCUACACCUGCUACCAUGGGGCCCCUUUGCCCCGUGGGGCGGCCCCCAGGGUGGCCCGCCGUGCCCGGCCCCGUCCUCCGCGUAACCUAGACAUGUUCCAGCUGGCUGCCGGAGCCGCCGUCAUGCUGGCACCUCUUACUCCAGAACUACUCAGGUAA